CCCAAAGCAACAUGUGGGUGGUUGUGUGUGGGUAGGAUGGCAACGAGGCGAGACAUGACUGGUGAACUGGUUUCACCAUUUGAGGCAGCACUUCCUAACUUCCUCAUCAGCCAGUGUGUGGUACCGUGGUCAUUUGUUUAGGCAUUCACUUCAUUGGAGUUGCCACUCCCACAUCGGAUUCACCACAGCGGUGCUGUCUCUCUUGUCGGAAGAGCUCUGGAACAUCAUGUGAUUUACAUGAGCUCACGAUCGCGUUGGUUCCUGGAGACGGGCAUGUACCCAUGGCAUUCGUCAGGCGGGAACUCCGCGAAGACCUUCGUUCCGGCACCGUUCCAAUGGGAGAGUCACGGCGGAUGCCCCGUGAACCGGUGGCGAACAGAACGAACACCAGUCGUUGGAGUCGCUUUCCCAGGCACCGGGUCCGCAUGGAGAGAGGCCCGGUGGAUGGGUGCUGGGUAGUUUGUUUAGGUCUGUCCAAAGUGGCCUGUAACAGUCGGUCAAUAAUUGGCACUAGUUUUGAACAAGGCCUUAGCGAAGUAUCAUCAUCCACUGUUACUGGUGUUCUUGCCACUGCCCAGAUCAAAUGGGCGCCAUGCUCUCGUGUGAAGAGCAUUAAUCUGAACCAAACGGUGCAUAGACUUAGGCAAACGGUGCCCAUACCACCCUAUCUUCUGCUUUCGGGUCCUUUGAUGGGCCAGACAGUUGCGGUGUGGACAAACACUGUUCUUGCAAUACUCGUAGCCCCCUAUGCACGUUCUUGUACCUUGAUUUUUCUGUAACAACCAGAUCUGUUUCGCCAGUCAACAUGGCCCCCGGGAAAGCACAUUCUUGGAAGGGGGUUUCGGAUUUUAGAUUACAAGAUGUUUCCAGGGAUGCUGACGCCAAAGGUCCACAAACUUUGGCGGCACAAUCAAGAAUUUUCAUUCUUUGUCUCAAGUGGUUACACACUCAAGGUGUGUACCUUUCUGGACAUGACCGUGAAAAGAUUGAUCGCACAGAUGAGCUCAACUGGAUUGGCAUUAGAGGCUGGUUUCCUGCCCUCAAGGGGCGACCCUUGCUAGCUUCUGCCUUCGAUUCAGCUGUUGCCCUUGAUGCAUAUCUUAAACAAUCUUCACCGCCUGCUCGGCAUCUCAAUUUGCAUUGGCGUGUUUCUGGCUUGCCCGUGCCAAAACACCCAGAGUCCUUGCAUUAGUCUUUUGAACAGAUUGUGUCUUACAUUCAGGACCAGCAGCAUUGAAGUUCGCUUCUUGCAUUUGAGCAUUGUCUUCUCAUGGAAGACUCGGUCCUUCUUGUGUGCCACAUUUACUGCAUUUCGGUCAUGCCUUCGUAUUUGUAAUUAGUUCGAUUAGGUUGUUGGUACGUGAACACUGACCAACUGUCUGGAAGUGAAAAUCACUUCACUUCGUUAAGAUGCAAAGCGGAAAAACAUUCCACUAUUACUGGUAAUGGGAUAUACCCAUGGUACUUUGUUUGGGUGGAUCUCAGAAGCCUUUCACAACUACGUCAGCAACAAGGCAGGCAACUAAAUCAGACAAUCCAGGCCCCCCAACAUUUGUGCAUUUGCCCCAAUCAUACUUCUUUACUUUUUGCUUUUACUCAGACUCAGACACGUCAUUUUGGCAGCUGAAGAGUGAAUCCUUCUCCCGAGAGUGAGCUCCUUUUGUCUUUGGUUUGUCUGGAGCUGUGGGUACGAGUCACGCGUUCUGCAAAGCUGGUGGACUUGGCUGAAGAAUGAAGGCCUUCAAGAAUAGAUACGAAUCUAAGAUCCAGUGGAUCUUCAUGGUUCAAUAAAUCCGGUGGAAUUGUCAAUGCUACUUGCAUGUACUUGCCCGGCUGUUGCUGGGCAGAAUGUGCCUUGGACAUCCUUGCCAAUUCAUUGAACAGUGGAUUAUGUUCAGUGGAUGUACUGGGACUUCUAGAACUGCGCCCAUAAGAUCUCAGGUCCAUAUCAACCAGUUUUUGAGCGGGGCAGCACUUUUGCUUGAGAAGUGCAGACACUGGACUGGAGGCAGAAGCAGGGCACCAGUGGCCGUGCUGGCCUUGACUGCGUUUGGCGUUAGCUCCGCUUGGCUCUUGCCCAGUGCCCCAAGAGAGUUGCCACGCCGAGCAUUGCUGGGUGCUGCAGCUUCCAUGGUGGCUCCAGGCUUGGCGUCCGCCUUUGGCGAUGUCAAGAUGCCCAUGUCCAAUAUCCGAUACAAGGAGGUCCAGUGCAACCCGGACAAAGGCGAGAUGCUCAAGGGCACCCGGGCGACCUACGGUUUAGAGCCGCGCUGUGUGGAGGUCACCGCCGAGGUGACCAAUCCGGAGAACAAGGUUCUGAAGAAGGCGGGGGUCUUCGGCAAGGUGAACAACGUGGAAGAGGUGACCAGUGUCUUGGCCAACGCCAUGGACGGUGCGUCCGACAACGGCCAGUUCACCUUGGUGGAAGAGAUUCCGCCGGGCACCAACGACAUCCAAUUCCGCUUCGUGGCGGCGUUGCCCAAGCACCGGGGCCCCGAGACGGGGGGUGGCGAACGGUGCGGAGGGGCGAGGAGAACGAAGGAGAAGAACAGGGCGAGUCCCGAGCUACAUGACCCUUCAUUGGUAGGCAAAAAGAAGCAGAAAAGCUCGCUUGAUAGACUCCUAACAUGCACACACACACAACACUGAGACUGAUCUAGAAUCUAGAUAAUGGAGAGAUUUUCAGCAGCAUUUCUUGGUUAACACAUAUCCGUUCUGUAGAUUUUCUGCAGAGUACAGAGUACAGCGAGCUCUUUGGUCGUUUGCUGUUGUUCUUGACGUGGCACGCACAUAUACUUUUAAUAAAUCAUUUUCUAGCACGACUUGGCUGGUUUAUAGGUUUUGUGACUCAAUACCUACAAGCGGAUUCCAGGUUGGGAGGACUCGCUUCUGGUGACACUUUCGUGAAGCCGAGCUCCUGUCAAUGAACGUUCGCAAACCGGUGCCACGGAAGGAGGGGAUUUUCCGGUGCCACUCGUGUCGAUAUGAGCAUCAUGUGUGACAGCCAGUUCCAAUCACAGCACUCUUCUCACGACGCACAAUGAGUGCUCAUGUGCGACCGGUCGGUAUGAGGGUAUGUAUUGCCAGCUCAUCGCCAUUGUAUGUCGAAUCCAGCUCUGGAGAACAGCGCUCUGACCGCAAGCAAUAAUCUCAUUCAUCCAUAUACAUGUAGAACCAAUUCUUUCAUCGUCUUGUGUGAUGGUGACGGAUAUUUCAGUGCUACAGCCUAGUGGUGAAGUCCUGGUUCUUGAAGUCACACCAGAGAUUACUGGCUGGAUGCUCAAGCAGCAGAUCAAGGAGAGAAAGCCUUGGGACCAGCUCACUCGCAGCACUACUGGUGUGGAGAUCAUUGUGGGAGACGACCAAUUGCUGGCCAAUGAUGCAAAGGUAUUGGACGCUG